ACUGAAAACGACUGGCAAAUUUGUCAACAUUACUCCGUCGUUGGUGCCAUAUGGUAGUGUGUGUCUUGUAGAUCUGAAGCACAAUGGAAGACGUCUUAACGCAGAUCUCACGAGACGCCUCAAGUGCCAAACACAAGGCGGUGAGAGAUGCUUGCGUGGCAGCCAGUGGUAUACUUGAAAAUGAGGAACAAACCAAAGCACAUGAACCAUUCCAACUCAGAGAAAAGGUCCUUGAGGCCUUGCGACUGGCUAUGGAGACCAAGAGCAGUAAGCUGGGACAACAGGCAGUUGGAGGUAUACAGAAAAUGCUGGUUGACGAUCGGUUCCUCUCACUGGGUGAGGAGACCAGAGAACAACAGAUGCCGUACCAGAUUCUGGAAACACUCAAAGUUGCACCCAACUGUAGCGAUGAUGUACAGAUGGAGAUUAUGAAGUUGUUCCUGAGUAUGACAUGUUCCCCCAACUGCUGUAACAGUGCCGAGACUAUUCUCAUUAUAGCUGAGCAUUGCUUUGUGGCCCAUCUGGGUGGGAACAGACAGUUGAGUACCAUGGCCAAGUCCGUGGUCAUUCAAACGCUCAGUUUCCUCUGCCACCGCGUACUGACCGACAGUCACAAGUCUAUUUACAAGAUUGCUUUCUCCAAGACUGAUGAUGCCAAUGAUGCCAUCGCUGAAUUCAGCUCCAAAGAUACCAGAGGAAAGGUGGAGUCUCUCCUGGGGGAUGUGAUGAAGAUACUGAAGUACUUCUGCGAGAAAAUAUCAGGGUGUUGUAGCAGUGUGACGAGCCAGCAGCCCAGCCCCCUCCUGCCCCUGUAUCUGGAGUGUGUACACUCCAUGUUCACCAGUUCUUCACCACACCUGCAGUACAACCAGGAGUUUCUCGACCUGGUCUGGCAGCAGCUAUGCCCCUCCCUGAUCUUCCUGCUGGGCAGUCCAGUGACUGACAAGUCUGUCAUGGCCACCAGUAUGGACGACAGAUUUGUGGCAGAUCACGGCAGGGGGUCAGGCACAUCUGCUGCAGCGCCUUCUGUGAUUGGUCCUGCAGCUCGCACGAUCUAUGGGAUCGCCGCAGAGCUGUUGCGAUUGGUCGGCAGUGUGGAGUCGUUACGUCCAGUGUUACAGUCCCUGUGGCACAAGAUUCUCCUGUACCCACCUCCUCAUCAUAGGUUAGAAGCACUCAAGGCUAUCAAAGAGGUUUUAUCAGUCCCGGAGAGAGUGGUAGACAUUGCUGGCCCCUCCACCUCAGAUGUAAGCACCACUAAACACCAGGCAAACCCAACCAAGAAGAGGAAGGCAGACACAGACCUACUCAAACUGCUGGUAGAUGGCAUUGCUGAAGCUUCUCACUCCUCCAACUCUGACGUGUGCUACACCAGUGUGAGCUGCAUUGCUGGGCUGCUCCGCUCCGUGGAGCUGAUCAGUCAGGGGCAGGCCUUGACAGAAACACAGAUAGAGGACAUCAACAGGCAGAUGGAGGAAGCUGAGGAGGAGGGGAGGGGGGUCACCGAGGGAGACAAGGGAUUGGUCAAUGGGGAUGUGGGAGUGGAGUCAAAGUUCAAAGGUGAAGAGGAAGAUACAAAGGUCAAAGGUGAAGAAGAAUCCAUGGUUGAGACACCUGACACAAAAAAUGAUGAAGAAUCUAAAAAUGACAAAAGUGUGGUAGAAGAAGAGUCACAGGCGAGCAAAGAAAAUGUAGACAAAAUAGAAGAACAGAAAUCUGAAGAUGUCCCUGGAUCUGGAGAAGAAGAGAAAAAUGAAGGAGAUGGCUCUGAAGAUGUGCAGGAGGUUGGAGAAAAGGAAAGAGAGGAAAAGCAGGAGGGAAGAGAACCUGGGGAUGGUGCCAGUGGGGAGGAUGAUGGGAAGGCAGAUCAGUCCACUUCAGAGAAAGAGGGGGAUGCAGAGGGACAACAACAAGACACAGCGGAAGGUGGGACGAACAGCACACCUGCCACUGAUGAAGAGAAAGUAGAGGAGAGAAAGACUUCCAUUCAAAAGCCACCAGCAAGUUUUGAGAUGGAACGCCAGGUGGCACUGCAGAGAGCUGAGAUGGAGCGCAUUGCCCAUCAGAACAAGGAGCUGGAGAGGCAGGGUGCCCGUGACUUUGUGGACUGUCUGAUUGGAGUUCUUCCCUCAGUCCUCCCGCUCAUAGAGCCAGAGGGAGUGGACGACGCCUUGCAGACCUUUGCCUCACGAUUUUGUGCAGGAGUGAUGGAGAAACACAAGCAGGGCCAGGGCUCUGCCAACCUGCCUGUGUUGAAUGCUGAUGGGGUGUAUGUGGCCACGUUCUCUGCACUGCUGCUGAACCUGAAGCUUGUCAGGAUGGGACAUUACAACGGACAGGACUGUAGACUACCCAUGACACAGAAACAGUUUAUCGAGGAUGUCCAUGACAGCGGAGUGCUGGUGUACCUGUCCUCCACAUGGCUGGGAGAGCUGUAUAAGAUGAUCGUCACUGUUAACAUCCUGGGGGCAGCAGGCUACCUGCCUGCCUCACCGCAGAGUAACCAGGCUCUUAUAACCAUGUUAACAGACAUUGAUGGAAUGGGGAACAGACACAUCGGGGGACAGAUGAUGCACGAUGCCACUGUCAGUCUUGUGCUUCCUGUGCAGAAGGAUGCUGGGAAUGAAACGGCAGUUGCUGCAGGUCAGAAGCUAGUCCAUAAUAUCCUCCUGACCUGCUGGGACAGCAUGGUGGAUGUCAUGGCCGUCCCUCUCAGUGCCAAGAACUCAGCCGGGAUCAGCAACAUCGCCCUCAUCCUGGGGACGGAGGGAGCAAAAGAGCAGAACCUGAAGGACAGAGAUGCCAUCUGUAUGAGCCUGGAUGGGCUGAGGAAGGCUGCACGACUCAGUUGCACCCUGGGUUACUCCAAUGUUUCUGACAUGAGUGAAGUUAGAGGUGUCCAGGAAAGGUGUGGUGCAGUGUUUGCCCAGUUGGCCAACGCCUCGUGUAUAUCACUGGAACCCAGCAAGCCUCAGGUAUCCCCCGGGGACAAGAAGGGUCUGAAGGCCAAGAUGAACAAGCCACAGCCCCUCCGCCUGCACGCGGCUCACGUACUGAGCAUGGACGCACUGCUCAACACUGGGCUGGAGAUGGGCAGUCACUCUGCAGAGUGCUGGAAACAUGUCUUUAGGUGUUGUGCCUACGUGUCCCACCUAGAACACUCCCACUUCAGUGGAGGGGACAACCAGGCCAGCCUUCCCAAGGUGCAACACCAGAAGGAGCUUCCACAGGACAUGUCAAUGACCUAUGAUGACCUCUCAGGUGGCCCUGAAGCCAUGUAUAUGCCAGCAGCCAAUCCGGUGAUCCCCAGUAUCAACAUCCAUGAGAUGAUCACAGAGGGGAGGAAGGAGACAGGACUGGAGAUGUCAGCUAAGGGAGGCGGUGUGCUCAGCUCUGCUAAUGCUGCCAAGGCUGUGUACAGACUGUCAGCUGAUGUGGACAGGUUGUUUGAGGAGGCAGCUACCAGCCUGAACCUGCAUGCCCUGGUGGGUUUCCUGACAGAGCUGAGACAGGUGUCAGCUGACCAGCUGUUCAGUACUGCCCCUGAGGUCAUUGACCCUGUCAUGAUGCCCAAACCCACAGGAAAUGGCAGCCAGUUCAGCACCUACCUGCACCUGAGUCACCUGGGUGAGGUCAUGCUGCGCUGUUCCCGCAGCUUCCAGCGACCACUGCUGCACAUCAUGCGUGCCUGGGGCAUCGUAGCACCUCAUUUAGUGGAGGCUGCCUGCCACAAGGAUCGCCAUGUCUCCAAGAGGGCGGUUACGUGUAUCCAUGACAUUAUGAUCGAGCUGCUGAACAACCGAGAAGAGAAACCGCACUUCAACUUUAACGAGGCGCUCUUCAAACCGUUUGAGAAUCUCCUGUGUCUGGAGCUGUGUGAUAAUGAUGUACAGGACCAGGUUGUGAGCUCCAUAGCCGAGCUGGUUGAGGCCAGCACCACGAGUAUUAAGUCAGGCUGGAGACCACUGUUUGGGGCUCUGAGGGUGGUCAAGGUUUACAAACCAAAGGGAGGAGAUUAUUUCAUCAGUGAGGAGCGCCACGAGCAGCCGACCGCGCCAGUGUUUGACGUGUUCGAGGCCUUCCUCGGUACGGAGAAUGUCCACGUGUUUGCUAACGCUGCCAUGGACUGUAUCCUGUGUCUGCUCAAGUUCAUCCGUGGGCCUCAUGGAGUCCGAGAGGGUGAUUCGGACUCAGAUGAUGACGAUGACACUGACAGUGACUUUGAGCAGGUGGAGGCCCCCCCACCCCCAGACCAGGAGGAGAGUAGGGAGCGUGGGGACCUGUGUCUGCCUGCCCUGGAGUACCUGCACAGGUGUCACAAGACUCUGGCCUCCAUGUACACCAUGCCUUCAUGUCCUGUCUUCAAGGGUGCCAAUCACAUCAACAUCAACAAUGUACUGAAGAUAGACACCAGGAGGGAAGCCGUAGAUUCAGCAGCCAGGAAGAGGUCUACUUCAAGGUCAGGAGGGUCAGAGUAUGACAGUGAUGAUGAGGAAGAAGAAGAUGAAGAUGAUGGGAGGGAGAGGAAGACGUGCAACUAUCCUGUCUUCUCUAUGGAUGACAACACAGGUGUUAUCCGGGUGUGGUUCCUGCUCCUUGAAGGGCUGACAGGUUCUGUCACUACCUGCCCUAAGACAUACCAGCCUCAGACCCUGGAGCUGCUCUUCAAACUCCUUAGAUCUGUUGCAGAAGUGCCAGGCCCCCAGUUUGCAGUGUUCGCCGUGACCCACCUCCUCCUCCCAAUGCUACAAUCCUGGGUGCGGCGCAGCCACCACGUCCCGGACUUCUGGGACACGUCCAAGGCAAACUUCAAACACGCGUGCGGCCUGUCCACGGACCUGGUGGUGGAGCACACCAACCUGUUUGCCGCUCGAGACGAGGCCUGGGUGUCCACCGACGUGCCUGUGAUGAUCCGACAGCUGCUCAGUCUACUGGUGGAGUGUAUAGGACAGCCUGUGGAGGCUAUCUCUAGACUAGGAUGUGCCUGUCUUAGACAUCUACUGCUGAGUGCUGGUCCAUCCUUUACGGAGGAGAUGUGGUCGGUGGCGUGUGAGGGACUGCUCCACGCCGUCAACGCCAGUCUGAAGAGCGUGAAGCUCCUGAUGGCGUGCUUCAACGCUGGCUCGCUGGAGUUUAACGGAGACGUGGGACAGGUCAGGGUGUCGGCGCGGACGGACUGUUCCGAGAUGGAGUGUAUCAGGAUACGCAGUCUGGCUCAGCAGGUAUUUCAAGUAGAGGACCAACAGGCCUCCAGUAACCCUGACCUGGAGGACGACAACCGUUCCUACAUCUUCCUUAUCCACCCACCUGACAUGGAAGGCUCACCUGUGGGGAAAAGGAUUCCCUUCAAGAACGUAGUUGUGGGUCUGAUCUCCCACCAGCUCCUUCUCCAGCUUCUUGGUUCCUUGCUAUUGUCCGGUGCCGGCACGAAGAGCACUGCAGAGGAACACAUCCUCGUCUCCACACCAAUGAGUCCCCCUGGUGGGACUGCCGCAAACUGCGAGUCCAAAGACUCAAACAGCAAGCAGUCAGAACAUUUGCCGGGACUUCUGGACUAUCUGUCACCGAAAAACCUGGUCAAGAUAUUCGAGUGCCUGUUAGAGUCGUACAACACGGCGUGCGAGUUCGACGCUCGCCCCGGUCUGAAGUUUCUGUUCCAGAAGGUGGGGAAGCUGGAGGCAGCAGCAAACCUGUACAAGCAGACAGAAAGUAGCCUCACAUUCUACAUGCAUGCUCUCAUCGAAAAGUGCCAACACGCCGGCUCGGCUUUCACUCCGGAGAAGGUGAAAGAAAUCCUCUACAGCAAAGAGCGGACAUCGUCUACUUGUAGCACGGCAAGUACGGAAGCGGCGCCGGGAAAGGGCCCCCGGAGGAGGAACUUUAAGCGAGCGCAGUCGUUCAUUCACCCGGAGCUGAACAUCAUGCCAGACGUGGCUGACAACCAGGACUGGGUUUUCCUUCGGCUGAACCGCAUGGUCGCAGAGCUGUGCAGCAACUACAUCCAGAUGUUGAUCAACAAGAGUCUGGGCGAGCACGGCGCCGACAACAUCACCGACGAACCCCACCUCUUCCUGCUCAGCGCCGAAGCACAGAAUCCAAAAGACGAUAAGAAGAAGGUCCUGAUGCCCCUUCCCCCGGAGAAGAAAUCGACAUCGCCAAUGGGAGAGGUACACCAGAUCCAGCCGCAGGGUCAAACGUUGGGGCAGGUCACCAUGGAAGAGCCGCAGCAAGGAGGAAGACGGGGCUCCACAGACAGUGGUGGCAGCAGUGCAGAAGGGAAGUCUUCCGACAAUAAGGAAGAGGCUAGGGCCAAGGAGGAGAAGAAGGAACGGAAGGGGAAGAUGGAGAGUAUCUACACCUUAGCAACCAACAAGACCAUCGACAAACUGGUGGCACAGUAUAAGAAACACAAGCAGCAUCAGUCCAUGACCACAUUUGUAAAGGAGGAAAAGCAGGGUGAUAGAGCAACCUCCAGCCUCAUGAAGGGGCCUCCUCCUGUGCCAAGUAAGGGGCAAAACCCACAGCAGUCACUAGAUGGCGCUGCUGAGCAGAGUGCCACCAAGCAGCAACCCCAACAGCAACCACCCAGGUCCCAGCAUGACAGGAAAAAGUUCGCAGUGAUGAAAGAUUCGGACGCCAGGGUGCAGACCUGGACAGAGAUCGUUUUAUCAACUCUGCAACUUCUGCAAAAGAUGCCGGAUAAGCAGUUCUGUACUCUCCUGCCCGCCGUCUUCCCGUGUAUCAACCAGCUGGUGUGUCACGUGACGGACCCAGGGCUGCGACAGGCUGUCCGUGAUUGGCUGGAACGUAUCGGCAAGGUCUACGGCAUCAUACCAUGAUGACACUUCUGAUUUGUUGCCAUUUUCUGGAAUUCUAACAAAAAUAAUUGUCCACUAACAUAGAGCUGUGUUUUAUAUGAUUUGUGGUUCAGGAGAUAGAUGUGAGGUUGCUAUCAAAAAUAGUCCAUAAGUCAGAAGAAGGCAUUUGUUUGGUUGGGUUUUGUUUUGUUAUUGUUAUUUGUUUGCUUGCUUUGUUGACUGCUUUGUCAACUAGAGCAGUGAAAUGCAAAAUCACACUCUGUGUGAACCUCAGCUGUAUAGUCCUGUAACAUUCAUAGCUAAUUUUCCUUCAGUUUUUGUUAUAAUGUCCAGUGCAAUCCACUACUGAAAGCUAGCUUUUGAAUUCUUAUCAUGUUUUUGAAGAGGUCAUUUGUAUGAGGCAAUGAUGUGAUUUCUGUGUUUGACGCUAUUGUAUUGGACACAUGGCAAUUGCUUAUAAAAUCUUGCUGUUGUUGAACAAACUUGAAAUCUACACCUCAACAUCAAAUUUGUUUUAUAUUAGAAAAAUAAGCCCAUCUCAAAACUACAUUUUUAUGUCCUGAAACAUUCUAAAUCUUGAGGUAUAGGUUUUCAGACAAAAAUGGUUACCAGUAGCUAGGUAGGUUCAACAUCAGCAGAGUUGUUUGAAGGGAAAGUACCAUGAUUGGUUAGAUCUGAUCACAUGAUCAAAAGACUCUGUUCCCAUUGGUCUACACCUAAUGCAAUCAAUCAUGUCCAGGUGCAAUCUGUGAGGGGCCCUUAUUACCCAUUGUCUCUCUUGUGUUUUUUGUGGCAUCCUACCUGCGGAAAUUCUUGGCUUUUAAUGAUGGUAAUAGCCAGACACCUGCUGAGAGCGAUGAUGGUAGAAUGACAUAAAACUUUAACAGUGGAACUAAUUACUAUAUAUAUUCUGCUGGUACAUAUUGU